AUGGCCAAAUUGAAUAAUUCACGGAAUACGGAGUUGACCUCUUCUAAAGGUUCAAAAACCCCAACAAAAAAUGAAAGUACCCCCUCCAAGUUGGUGAACAAGUCUCCAGAAAGCUUUGAAAAUCCAAUGUCUAGCAACUGCGACGAGAGAAUUCUUUCAAAUUCAGACUGUGAUUCCUCUUCUAGUGAUAUGGUUGUACAUAUAUCUACGAUGAUACGCCACCAUUGCCUCAAUACACGUAGUCCAUCAAAUACACGUAGUUCAUCAGGUACACCAGCUCUAAGCACUCGUAGGAGAAGCUAUUCCAUCUCAGAUGAGAAGACACUCUUCCCUCCAAGGCAUAUGAUGGUAGAACGGCAAUGUGAACCUGGUAAUAAACGACCCGAUUGGAAUAGUAAUCGAAGAUAUGUUGAUGAAUCACCAAAGGAGAAACUACCACGUAUUCGUAUUAAAUCUCCAAAUAAAUAUGAGUUUCUCCAUCGCGGUAAGAGUGUCACACAAUUCUCUAGAAAACCAACUGGUGUUGAAAGACAGGUUGUUUCUUGGUUAACAGAAAGUCCAAUAAAAAAUGUUAGAGGUAAGAAAAUAUCGAAAAAAAAUAAUGAAAAUAUUCUGCAAGCACUAAAACAGAUAAACUUUAAAGAAGCAUUUUCAAAGUUUAAAUCUGGUGAUACAGAGAACCCCUUUUUAAGGAAUGCUGAUGUACUUUUCAAAGUUUUCUCUAUGCGUACUGAUUCAAUUACAGAAGAAAUGCUUUAUGAUCAUUUUCUUAUGUUUACACCAACUGGUGUAGCACCAUAUGAAGCAUUUGAUUUUCUUAAGGACUCUUGUGAUGGUAAAAAAGAACUUAGUUUUGAGGAUUUCCUGUGCUAUGGUGAUAAAUUACGUGAACGCUUAUGCGCAUUUGAAGAUUUUACUUCAUUAACUGAUCAAGAUAAAAUAAAUACAAUUUUAACACGGGUUUUAAAUGAUGGAGUAAGGCCAACAGAAAUGAAAAAAGCUCGAAAUAUGCUUUUGAAAUAUGCAGAAGAUCAGCAAAAUGGUCAAGUGAAUUCUGCAUGUAAAUCUAUGCGAGCAUAUGAACUCUCCUUUCUUGUAGAUAUGAAAAAAAAGAAUGGAACAACAAAAGGGAAUAGAUACUCAUCUCAUUUAGGAGGUAAUGGACGUUUUAAUAAUACUCCAAAAAGAAAUCCCUCCUCGGAUGGGCGUCCUUCUAGCCACGUUGGAAAUGGAGAAAAUGCGUAUUAUAAUAAUAAUAAUAAUAAAAAGGGAAAUAUGAACGGCCAAAGAUGUGGUUCUGCUCUAUUGUAUGAUUUCUCUGUUGGCGCAGAAAAUAAUAAUAAUAAUAAUAAUAAUAAUAAUAAGUCAAGCCUUGGAAAAUAA